AUGACAAAAAAACAGCUAACAGCCCUUUCUGUAUUCGUCGAAGCUGAUCUCUCUAGGCGACAAUAUGAAAUAGUACGAAGUACUAGUCAAAAGUUGUAUCCAAGUUAUAGCAUCCUACAAAAAGCAAAAAGUGACUGCUAUCCGCCCAAAGAGUCGUACGAAGUGACUGAAACAUGCGCACAAAUAAAUCUUCAAGAAUUGCUAAACCAUACUACAAUAAGAUUACUGACAUAUUUGAAAGAUGUUUUAUGUGAACUAAGACCAGAUGAAUGUAAUUCAUUAAACCUGUUUUGCAAGUGGGGCUGUGAUGGAUCACAACAGGCACAGUUCAAACAGACGAUGGAAAAUGAUGCCACAGAUUCUAACAUUUUCCAAAGUAGCUUUGUACCACUUCGGCUGGUAUUUGGUGCCAAAACAAUAUGGCAAAAUCCAACUCCAUCAUCUCCACGAUAUUGUCGCCCCAUUAGAAUCAGAUUCGUUAAAGAAACUGUGAAUAUAACUCAAGAAGAAAUUAGGUAUGUGGAAAAUUCCAUUAGCACCCUACAAAAUACAAUCUUUCUAAUGGAGAAUAAGUCGUAUUCAGUAAAGCAUACAAUGGUAGACGCAAAAGUAUGUAAUGCCGCUACACAGACCACGUCAACAAUGAGGUGCUACAUUUGUGGCGCAACAUCAAAAGAAUUUAACGAUUUAACUAUCAAAAAAGAUGUUGAUGCGGACGCACUUUCAUUCGGAUUAUCCACUUUGCACGCCAGAAUUCGUCUGUUCGAGAGCAUAUUGCACCUUUUAUAUAAACUCACUGUAAAAAAGUGGCAGUUAAGAUCUGACGGUGACAAAGCUAUUGUAAAGGAGAGAAAACAAAUUAUCCAAGAAAAAUUUAGACGUGAAACUGGCCUAAUAGUGGAUGUACCGAAAACAGGGUUUGAGAAUACCAAUAACUGUAUUACGAGUAGAAGAUUUUUCGCCAAUCCUGAAUUAGCUGCGGAAAUAACUGAAGUUGAUUUUAAUUUAAUUUACCGACUCAAAGUCAUCCUUGAAGUUUUAACAAGUGGUCACAAAAUCCAUUUGCACAAGUUUGCGGAUUAUGGCCUAGACACCGCAAAACUUUAUGUAAGUUUAUAUCGGUGGCAUCCUAUGACACCUACGAUGCACAAAAUUGUUGUGCAUGGUGCUACUGUCAUAGAUAAGGCAUUGUUGUCAAUUGGAUUGCUCUCGGAAGAAGCCGCUGAGGCACGGCAUUUCCGGCUGUAUAGGCAGAAUUUCGCUAGAAAAUUUUCAAGGCCCAAGUGUAACGCUGAUAUUAUAAAUAGAGUAUUACUCAGUUCUAACCCACUGAUUACUGGCAUGAGACCAAUCCCCCCCAAAAAACAUUUUCAUUUACAAGGGAAGCAAUUUCUUUGA